AUGUUGCGAAUCAGUGGUCAUGAUAUGUCGCUGCCAGAAACCAGUCUUUGUGUCUUGACAGAGCCUGAGGACGAGAAGGUCGGGAACCAUGUUGUACACACAGAGGAACAUUACGUUUGGAAGGCUCUGACGGGUAGACCGGCAUAUUCAUCAAGGGAGAACGAGGAGAAGAUGGUGGUUCAGCGACACUUUGGAGAGGGCGAGUUGGAGAGCGGAAGAGCGUGGGCCCGCGUCAAACUGCGACCGGCCACGACACAUAACUCACAUAAUCCGGAUCAGAUAUGGAGGCACGGAGUAACGCCACGACAACUUUCGACCUUGAAGACACAAGAGCUGGGAACAACUGUCAUGGAACGAAGCAGGGUCAUCAUAGCAGCUUGCGGUGCUUGGCAAAGACUGCCAAGGAAGGUUGAGAAUCGAAGGACAAGUCACAGAUCGCUGAACUCGCCUACAUAUCGACGAGAUAUCGCGAUCACUUCGCAUGUUCUUGAUAGUGGAGUCGGUACUGGAGUUUGGAGCUGUCGCCUCUUGAGUGCGGGUACGCUGGGUGUUCGAGAACAACUGCUCGAUGCAGUUGCCAAGAUGUCAAAAUUGCAGAAGCAAGCGGAGUGGAAAGUGGAAGGCGUAGCGAGGGAGGCCGCGACCGCCAAAUUCUCGACGGGCGCAAUCUCGUUCUUCCUCGUCCAUGCUCGCAUACUCUUCCACCUCCAGAGUCGUCAACUUCUGACGCGAGAGCUUCCGCUCGUUCAGCUACACCCUUUGAAGCACCGCCUGACGGCGGCGUAA